CCUACAACUCCGGCAAUCCCUUCUCCGAUAUUGAUCUCUAUCUCCUUGUCCCAAACCUCCAUCUCGCCGCAGCCUUGCAACCACCACUACGCGCAGCCAACAUGGCAGAAAUACAGCGACAGACCCCUUCUCCCAUCCAGACACAAAACCUAUCAACGGACUCACCUCCGAUAUCGACCUCCUCAUCUCCCUCAAUAUCCGCGAAGCGAUCUCGAUCUCCCUUAUCUCUCGACCUCACUUCCCUACCGCCACUGUCCCAACCGUCGCCUCCUUCGAACACACUCCUCAUCACGCGACUAGAAGAUCCCAAGAUAUUCCACCCUGCAUCGAUAGCCACCAUUCGACAACACAUCAACGGGAUCGCACCGUUAAACUCAUUUUCCCCUUUAAAGUCUUUUAUGCGCAUCAUCUGUUCAUUCUACGACGAGGAGGCAGCAAUCCGUGUGCGACAGGAGAUCGAUGGCACAGCGAUUCUGGGCACAAGCGUGGCAAAAUGCUACUUUGGGGAGCCCACACCAAUAGGCGACGAGAAGAAAUACCUAAAUCGGCCGGACGCCGGCAAAUUAUUCUUUAUCAGCCCACCACCUAGCCCUCCAGUCGGGUGGGAGUCGAAACAUGAAGACGCGCCCAACAAGGAGGUCCAUGCAGAAGAUCUUGCGUCGAAACUGAACAAGUUAAGCGGUAAAAUGACAAACACAGCGGGCGAGCCUAUCGAAGAUGAGAGCAACGUGCAGUACACCGCGGAGGCGUUACACAAGAUAAAAGAAACUCGGACACAAGCCUUGGCAGGAGCGUCUGCUGAGAACUCUCCGAGCACUUCAUCGCCUAGGAGGCACCGGAGCCGUAGCUCGACGUUGAUCUACGACCCGAAGGCUCAUGGUGAUAGUCCUACACUUCCCGCAGUCAUGGUCGAGGCGGAAGAUGACUCGGAUGUCGAGCUUGAGACGCCAGAACAGAAGGUUCUCACCCACACUGCUCGACCGCCAGUCGAACUAAUGGAAGAUUGAUCUUGUGCUUGUUUUCUGGGGACCAGGUUUCGGUGUUCGGAGGUUGCUCAUACUCAAGAAGGGACGACAUUCUUGAAGCAACGUUAGAGCGGCCUCUUCGGGCGUCAAUAUGGGAAAAGGAUAUUGGGAUAUGUGCAUCAACGUUCUCAUGUGGCAUGAUGAAUCGGGUAUGUA